ACAUCAUUUUUAUCUGCCAAACGACAAACGUCAAAAAAACCAAUCCAUUUAGCAAUUUCUUUAUAAGUUUCUCUUGUAAAUUAUUUUUAUUUAGGUGAUGUAUUUAAGAAGAAGCUGUUAACAAUAUGUAUUUUGUAACUCCUGUGAUUUAAAAAUAAGUUAAGAAAAUCAGUGGUCAACAUGAGUGUUUUUAAGUCUGCGAUGGGGUACUUCAGCUCUGGAGGUGCCAACGGUGGCAGCGAUAAUGAUUUUGUUGGACAAUUUGUUGAAAUAGGGAACAUGAAAUUGAGAGUGAAAAAAGUCAUCGCAGAAGGUGGUUUUGCAUUUGUGUUUGUUGCUCAAGAUGUAUCCUCAGGAGCAGAAUAUGCCUUGAAAAGGCUAAUGGCUGCAGAUGAACAAGCUAAUAAAAAUAUUAUACAAGAAAUUAGCAUAUUAAAGAAGCUAUCUGGGCAUCCCAACAUAAUAAAAUAUAUAGCUGCUUCAUUUAUCGAUAAAACAAAAACAAGCCAUGGAAUGGGGGAGUAUUUAUUAUUGACAGAUCUGUGUAGUGGAGGAAGCCUAAUGGAGGCAUUGCAAAAUAGAGGGCAAGCAUUCCCACUUCCCACAAUCCUAAGGGUAUUCUACCAGACAUGUAAAGCAGUCCAACAUAUGCAUGCGCAAGUGCCUCCUAUUGCACAUCGUGAUCUCAAAUUAGAAAAUUUCUUAAUAUCGAAUGAAGGUACAAUUAAGUUGUGUGAUUUUGGAUCUGCCACCACAGAUGUGUUUGCUCCUAAUCCUUCUUGGAGUGCAAAUCAAAGGAAUAUGUUAGAGGAAAAUUUGGCCCAGUUCACAACACCAAUGUACCGUGCCCCAGAGAUGCUAGAUACUUGGGAUAACCGUAAAAUAGACCAUGCAGUAGAUAUUUGGGCAUUAGGAUGUAUAUUAUACACACUGUGCUAUAUGCAACAUCCUUUUGAAGACUCUGCUAAAUUGGCGAUCCUGAAUGGAAAUUAUAACUUGAAUCCCAAUGAUCAACGCUACAAAUGUUUCCAUGAAAUUAUAAGUGGCUGCCUGACGGUGAACCCCGAGGCGCGGCUGGCGAUCAGUGGCGUGCUGGAGCGGCUGGCGGCGAUAGCGGAGUCCAACAACAUCAAUCUCAAGCAACCACUCAAAUUUGAGCGUAAAAAAGUUGAACAAUCUGUGGCCACUAGCUCGCCAGUGAACAGAGAAGCGGUACCGAAUAGCCAAGAGCCAGCCAACCCCCGGCCGCCGGAGCCGGCGCGCCCGCCGCCGCCUGCGCGCCCACCCGCCGCCCCGCACUACCACGCGCCACUACCACAAGCACCGCCCACUUCUGGAGGCCUUUUCUCUUCAAUCAAAGAUGGCGCUGGAAGUUUUUUGAAAAACUUAAAGGAUACUUCGACUAAAGUAAUGCACACGGUCCAACAAUCCAUAGCGCGCGCAGAUUUGGAUAUAAGUUAUAUAACAAGUCGUGUAAUAGUGAUGUCUUAUCCCUCGGAAUUGUUGGAGAGUGCCUAUAAAACUAAUCAUAUUGAAGAUGUGAGGAUGUACCUAGAGAGCCAUCACCCGGGCGGUAAGUACUGCGUGUACUCGGUGCACGACGCGCGCGCCCGCUUCCCGCGCCGCCAGCUCGUCACGGACACGUCGCUGUGGCCCCUGGACGAGCACCGCGCGCCUCUGCUCGCGCCCUACUACGCGCUCUUACAGCACAUGUACCAGUAUUUGGGGAAGGACGACAAAUCUGCACUUGUGAUCGCUUGUCAGGACGGUAAAUCGAGAUCCUGUAUGUUGCUGUGCGGUCUCCUAAUGUACGCGAAACUGGUUACGGUGCCGGAAGAUGCCCUGCAGAUAUUUGGCGUGAAGAGGGCACCCAUCAACAUGCCGCCCAGUCAACUCCGAUAUCUGUACUAUCUAAGCAAUAUUAUUAGACCAGAACCAAUUCUCCCGCAUUUUAGGCCUGUGUCUUUGGUUUCUCUUACCGUACAACCCGUGCCACUGUUUACUAAAGCGAGAGAUGGCUGCAGGCCGUUCCUUGAAGUUUUCAAUGAAGAUAGACUGAUCUCACCUCCAUUAAGAAGUUAUGAAAGUAUGCACAUGUACAACAUGGCUGAAGGAAAGGUAACUCUACCCUUGGACAGUACGGUGGUGGGUGACGUGACAGUAGUGCUGUACCACGCGCGCCAGCAGCUGGGGCGUCUACAGCGCGUGCCCAUGCUGGCCGUCGCCUUCCACACCGGUUUCCUGCGCUACGACCAGCAUGUCAUCAAGUUCACCAGGUCAGAAAUCGACGGUAUAGACGAAACAAGUGCAGUGAACGAGCAUUUCUCCUCCAACGUGUCGGUGGUGAUCAGCCUCGUGGUGCAGAACGGGGAGCGACGCAAGCCGCGUAGCGACAUCUGGGAGGAAGAUCACUCCUUCCCCAUUCGGACACCGGACGUGCUGUUCUCUACGACGCUGGAGAGAGAUGAGACCAUUGACAACUUUGCUAGUCUACGAAGAAAUCCACCAUUGCCUUCUUCAAUUACCGCGGACUAUCCCCCAAAAGAGCCCGAGAAACGUCCCCCGCGCCCCGCGCCGCCCGCUCCGCACCGCCCGCCGCCCCCGCACACAGACACACAGGGCCCUACUACGAACACAGCGGAUUUCUUAAACCUCGCCACGGAAAAACAAUCUCAACAGGAAUCCAAGCCAGCGAGUGAAAAAUUGAAGGGUCAAGACUCAUUCGACUUUUUCGGCAUGAUGGAAAAACCGGCCGACGAAUCGUUCGGCGAUUUCCUGAGUCGCACUGGCAACGUGACGGAGAACCCACAGCCUUUUUCGUCGGAGUCGAUCUUCGGGGACCUUCCCGCGCCGCCACCUUCCACGUCAAACGUCGUGAAUUCGAGCGAUCCUCUCACCUUCGAUCCAUUCGGGUUGAACGAUCCGCUGCCCAAGCAAGAGCCAUUGCUGACUCCGCUGAUCAAAGAAGAGGUGCGGCCACAAAGUAUACCAACGGAGCAAUCCCAGAACAAACGGGACCCGUUUGCAGAGCUGGGCAUGUUGGGCGCGGGGCUGGCCAGCGCGACGCCCGCAGCCACGCCGCUGGUGACGCCGCAGGCCACGCCUCUGGUCACGCCGCGCGACUCGCCCGCGCACACGCCCGCGCACCAGCCGCACACGCCCGCGCGCUCGCCAGCGCAUCAACCCGAUUACAGCCGAACCCACUUCGAAACAGCAAAGCCGCCUACCGGGCCCGGCCAAGAAGACAAGGGCAAGAAGCCAGCGGACGUGUUCGGCGACCUACUGGGCAGCCAGGGCUACGAGUUCGCCAAGCGCGAAGCCGGCCCGCGGACCAUGAACGCGAUGAGGAAGGAGGAGAUGGUCAAGGAAAUGGAUCCGGAUAAGUUAAAGAUUCUCGAUUGGACUGAGGGCAAGAAAGCGAACAUCCGCGCGCUUCUAUGCUCCUUGCACACUGUGGUGUGGGACGAGUGUCGCUGGGCGCGCGUAGACAUGGCGCAGCUGGUGUCGGCCGCGGACGUCAAGCGCAGCUACCGGAAAGCAUGUCUCGCUGUACAUCCGGACAAGCAAAUGGGGACCCCGAACGAGAACUUAGCGAAAAUGAUAUUCAUGGAGUUGAACAACGCGUGGAGCGACUUCGAGAACGACGCGAAACAACAAAACCUGUUCCAGUCGUAAUCUCCAUCCAACUAGUUACAAUUUAUAACCAUCUAUACUUUAUGCUGGGGGUCAUGUUAUCGGAUGAAUACAGCACGCGCGAUAUCGAUAUAAAUUUCAUGUUUGGUCAACAGCAAUGUUCUUUUACAAGUUAAGCGAUCUACCAUUCAAUUCUGUGUACUUAGUAUGAAACAUUGUAUCUCUCCAACGUUGAUACUAUUCGAGUAUCGUAAGACCAUAACGCUAUAACGUCAGAGUAAAAUGGACUUUAAAUCCCAAGUCUUAAGUACAAAAUUCAGUACAACUGAUUUUAACUACCCAAGGACUUGCGCUUGGAGCACUGGCUGUAGAUGUAAGAACGAACUUGAGCUUUAAAACAAGGAAGUCACGGUCCAUCUUACCUAGACGCAGAAGGAUUUUGAUGGUCAAGUUAAAUCAACGUUAGUGAGGUGAGGUGCGUGUGAGGUUAAGCACAGUUUCGUAACUCUGCGUUGUUACUGAAACGGCUACGCGAGCGAACUUUAUGGUGACAAAACCCUCCGGUGCGUGUAUAUCUGAAGUAUUGUAGAUAUAUAAGAAUGUCAUAGUUUAUAAACAAACAAAAAAAAUGAGUCAAGUUUCUAUCUCUUUCAGAAUUCUCCCUGCGGAAAAGAUACUAAAUUUUGAACCAUCAAUUUAGUUUAGACUACAACAGGCACUUUAAAAAAAACUUUGUUUGCAAACUAAGACAUUUUUAUUCGAAUUUGCGCGAGUAUAACGCUUUCUGACCUUCUUGCCCACACACCGUCGCAAUGCGAAUUUUCGCGGAAUCUCGAUAAUGUGUCCUCAGCAUUAUACAAUAAAAUAUUAGCAGAAUUACAAUAGCCGGGUCAACCCUUAACCGCUUCAUUUCAUAAAUACAUGAAUAAAAUGGAUAUUUUACGAUAAAACGCGGUGAACAGUGUCCUUAUAUGUAAGCAUGCUUCAUAGCUUUGUUACUGAUGUUAGUUAGAUAUUAUCAAUCCAAUGGGCAGUUACUUUUUCUCUCUUUCAAAGUUAUUUUAGGAAAUAUAUUUUUUUUUGAAUUGUGGCGCUUACAAUUAAAAUAUUUUCAUUCCAACAAGUACCUAUUUUUUAAUCGUUGAUAUUACAUAUUACUAAGUUUUCAGUGAUAGUUAUGUUUACCUACCAGUAUGCGAUGAUUAUAUUGUAUUUAUUUUUUAAUUUGAAAUCCUCAAUAACAGUUUGUGCCUUAAAGAAAUUUCAAAUGUUAUAACGGCUAUUGCUGAAAGAUUAAGGCACGAACACAUAUUUCGUUGUUGUGUGACAUGACAGAAGGCGAUCGGAGGUAUGUUUUAUAUGAGGAUGUUCACACUGCUGCCGUCCUAUAUCUAAAAAGUGGUUAGCUGUUAAAAUUUGUUUGAGUUAUUGCCAAAAACAUAAGUAUUUAGAAAAACUAAUGUUUCUAAAAAAGUUUAUUACGUGAAACCAAACUAAAAACCUUGGUCCUCCUUGGUAUACUUUUAGAAACAUAUUUUUUUUAAAUCUCCACUAUUUGUUGCUUUAACGCAAAAACUAUUUUUUUGCAGUUAGCCGCUUUUUAGAUAUUUAAGACGGCAGACGGGUAUGUCGUGACGUUCUGGGCUGGAACCGUGAUGGUUGAUUGCGCGAUCGUCGCGCCACAACAUAGUAAUUUGUUUGUAUCUCUAUAAUCAACAUCGGUCUGUUUAAAAAUUAAUUAUCAUUUACGUCUCGAAAUAUUUUGCAUUCAAGCUGUAAUAUUAUAGUAAUUCUACGUUUGAUACUUCCAUUUUAAUAUAAUAUUGUGUAACUUGCAACCCGUUGGAGAAUGCUCCCUAUAUUAACCCUGCGGGAUAGCCUGUACUCCUUAUACCUACGGGCUUUGUACUACCAAUGCGCUAGAGUUCAUCAUAUUAUGCUUAUGUUUAAAUUCAGUUUGGUGCAGUUAGAUGUAAUUAAUUAAGUGUAAAGAGUUUUUAUUUUCAUACUAUAACUGACCGCAUAUAUAUUCAACACACAGGACUUGCUUUUGAUUUUCGUUAAAAGGCUGUGUCCUUACUCUUGUUACUUACUUAAUUUAAAUUUAAUCAAAAAUAUUAUCCAAGAAUAUUAUGCAGUGCAAUUAAUUAGGUACCUACGUAUAUAUGAUUAUUAUCAUUGACUAUGUAUAUUAAAAAUAUAACAAAUUCUAUACUUACAACAUUUAAUAAUAUGGCUAUGUUUGUUAGAAAAAAUAUUUAUAUUUUCAUUUUAAUGAACAAUGUUUUACUUAUGAUUUUAAGCUUAUUUUGAGGUUUAACGACAUAUUAUAUUGUACAUAACGGGUAGGUACAUACCACGAUUAAUAUGGUGUUUUUAUCUGCCGAUAUUUCGAUUCGGUAGAUAAUAAAUAUGGUAUGUACCCGUUAUCUAUAGUAUAAAAUGUUUUACUUAUUUGUUAUAGACAAAGUCUGACAUAGUACUUACAUGGUAAACAAUUGUUUGUUUGUAUUUUUGGCUUAAGGAUUAGUCUAGAAAAUCACACAUGAACAGAAUUUAAUAAAAUGGUGAAGUAAUAAUAAGAUUCUCGUAUCUUUCAUUCACUUUAGAUAAAAAUAAUGUAUUGGAAGUUUUUUAGUUGAUCUAUUUAUGAUACUGUAACACGAGCGAAAUAGAAAUGGGUAG